GGCUGCGCACUGGCAGCGACGCCGGAAGUCCUGGGCCGGCCUGGCGGUAACCUUGUGAGCCUGGCCGCCGCUGCUGAGGUGGGCUCGGCGGGUCCGAGCGUUGGCCCAGCGAGGCUCGUUAGCUGAGAGGGGAGGGGGAACCGCCAGGGUCGCGCGGGAGGGCGCCGACGGCCGCGGAGCGCAGGCGUGCGCGCGCGCGCAGGGCGUCGCAGCAGACAUGUCUCUGGUGGCGGAAGCGUUCGUCUCCCAGAUCGCAGCUACAGAACCUUGGCCUGAAAAUGCGACCUUAUAUCAACAACUGAGAGGGGAGCAAAUUUUGCUUUCUGACAAUGCAGCGUCUCUUGCUGUGCAGGCCUUUUUGCAAAUGUGUAAUCUGCCUGUCAAAGUGGUGUGUAGGGCAAAUGCAGAAUAUAUGUCUCCAUCUGGAAAAGUACCUUUUAUUCAUGUGGGAAAUCAAGUAGUGUCAGAACUUGGUCCAAUAGUCCAAUUCGUUAAAGCCAAGGGCCAUUCUCUUAGUGAUGGGUUGGAUGAAGUCCAAAAAGCGGAAAUGAAAGCUUACAUGGAGUUAGUCAACAACAUGCUCUUGACUGCAGAGUUGUAUCUGCAGUGGUGUGAUGAAGCUACAGUAGGGGAGAUCACUCAUGCUAGGUAUGGCUCUCCUUACCCUUGGCCUCUGAACCACAUUUUGGCCUAUCAGAAGCAGUGGGAAGUCAAACGUAAAAUGAAAGCUAUAGGAUGGGGUAACAAGACUCUGGACCAGGUCUUAGAAGAUGUAGACCAGUGCUGUCAAGCCCUUUCCCAAAGACUGGGAACACAGCCUUACUUCUUCAAUAAGCAACCUACUGAACUUGACGCUCUGGUUUUUGGCCAUUUGUACACCAUUCUUACCACACAGUUGACCAGUGAUGAACUUUGUGAGAAGGUGAAACACUACAGCAACCUCCUUGCUUUCUGUAGAAGAAUUGAGCAGCGCUAUUUUGAAGACCAGGGUAAAGGCAGGUUAUCUUAGAGUUGGAUGUCAAUUAGCUAUUUCAGAAAUCUUACUUUUGAAAUAUGUGUUACUUGAACAAUAUGAUAGUAGUUUCAGAAUUUCAAAACCAAAAACACUGUUUUUUGAAACCUCAGAAAAUUGCAUAAUAUCAUGUUCUU